AUGGUCGAUCAUUUCAGCGGAUUUCCUUUCGCUGAAUCCUACUUGGAGUUCUGUGUCCGUUUCCACAUCAAUCACAAGACCUCUUCACCCUACAAUCCACGAAGCAUUGGGUUAGCUGAAGCCGCGGUGAAAUCCAUCAAAGGCCUCCUCAAGAAGGUUGAUGGGGGCGUGUCGGGGCACGAAUUUCGACAGGCGCUCUUGGCUUGGCGAAUGACCCCACGUCCCAACGGAUACAGCCCGGCGUUUGGAUUCUUUGGGAGGCAUCUACGGAUUGGCAUGCUGGACGUUCGUGCUGCUGGCUUUGACGCGCAUAAAAUGGAGGAUUUCGUCCGGGCCCGGCGUUUGGCUAAUAAUGCGAGCAUGGCCGGGGCAGGGGGUCGAGAAUUGGCUCACCUCGAGAUUGGGACACCCAUACAUGUCCAGGAUCCCAUCGGACGAAGUUGGACGGCCCGUGGUGGCGCGAUUUUGGGUCAGUGCGAUAGCGGGCGUUCCUAUAUUGUGAGCACGCCCACAGGGACGGUUCGGCGGAAUCUACGACUUCUGCGCCCAGCACCCCCGUCCAGAGAGGCCAUCGCUAAGCCCAUAGCAAGUGGAUGUGCACCCGGGAAUGGUCCUUCCCAAACGAAACCUAGAAGAAGCUGCCGCCAAAUUAAAAAGACCGUCCGCUUCCAAGCCGGAAGCCAGCCCUGA